AACGGCAUAUGGAGUAAAGUCGUACAAUAGGUUACCAUCGAAUGUCGUAAAACUGUAAAUAAAAUAGUCACAGUGGACUGUAAGCGGUCCCUUUUAAAAACAUCUCAGUUGCAUGCUACUGAACAAGAAGCGUAAGACUCGGAAGUGUUUUUUCUUACCAACGUCAGUGUAAACACAGUUAACAAUUAUUUAGCCGUGUUUAUGUAUCCGAAAGUUACUGAGUGCUCGCUUUUUUAAUGGCGUAAUCUUAAUACAUGCAUGCUUGUUACCCUAUUUCAAUGGUAUUCAAUCUCGUUUUUUACUACACAGGUAAACUGACCGAAGAACGUGACUUGUGGAGCAGUGCAGCAUAUACCCUAUCACUGAAGGUCACAGACAAACACUCGCUUAACACUGCCAAGAAAUUACAUCUUUGUGAGAAAGCGUGGGCCAAAUUAAGCCGACAUUUUGCUAUUUUUCUCAGUGAAAAGGACAGCAUACAGCUCGAAAGUUUAACAAACCAUGUACAAAAGUGGAGAGAACUUUCUGAAAAGUUUAACAAAAGGCUUGUUUCUUCAGAGGAGGAAAUGACUCACAGGCUUAAAAGAUUAAUUACUCAACUUCAAAGAUGGAAAAAGGAGUUUCAAAAAGUUGUGAAUUACGAUGAUGGCAGCGUGCGACCACCCGACGAGCAGUUUAUCAAGAGUUUGUUUGAAGAUUUAAAAUCCUGGGAAGAGACAUUGAACCAGGAAGCUGAACACUUUACUGGAGAAACACUACUAUCACGUGAAGACGAACUGUAUCAGAUGAACAGGCAGGUGGAUGGAUGGACUGAUGUGGCGCUUAAGGUGUUCAGCCGUCACCAAGCAGACGACGGAACAAGAUGGCCUCAGCAUGAAAUCAUGUUGCAGUUAAAUCAAGAAGUAGAUCGCUUACAUCAGCAAUAUCAUGUGCGAGUUAUCGGUGAAAACGGAGUGGCAAAAGGAAUUAUUGAUCUGGUGAAUCCUAUAGAGACAUGGGGAAACAAACUAAAUACUGUUCUGAAUGGCGGCGAAAUGCUGCUCGACUCGGACUGGAUACGAAUAUCGGAUCAGGUUAGCGAAGAGUGGGCUGAUCACUUGACUGAAACGCUGAUUCUGAUUGGCUCUACGCAGAAGGAUGGUGCUCGCUUGAGCGGCGAGGAAGAGAACCCGGUAAACGUGGAAGAAGUGUUUAAAAACACUGUUAAAUGGCUGUCGGCGACUACAAACAGUAUUGACAACGAGGACGCCAAGGUUGUCGAAAGAGUCACGCAGCUGCACAGCGCCAUGAUUCGGUGGAUGAUUACGGUUCUUCUUCGUCUGACGCCGGACAUGGGGGACAAGGAACUAGAAGAGAUUAACAAACAGACGGACGAUCAGGAAGUGGACGCAUCCUUAGGAGGGGGAGAAAUCCUCCUGCAAGCUAUUCCCGAGGAAAUAUGUAACAGAGCGCAGACACUGUUUGCAGAGCUGAGAAAGUUUUCCGUUCUUUUGACAAAAUGCUGCUCUGAUUUGGUGAUUGAUUUGAUGCAGGAACGGCGAGAUCAAGGCGAUGAACACGCCGAUAUGGACUUCAAAGACCUCAAGCGACUGACUGUGGAAUGUGAGGGUUGGAUACGCACGGCACGCCUGCUUAUUCAGGACGUCAUGGGCGACGACUUUGUUUUUGAGGACGCUUCUGCCGGCGUCAAGAAAGGGACUGACAGGGUGGGGUCUACGGAUUCUAAAACUACAGUGGUGGAGUCGCAAGAUGGUGAUGCCAAACAGGCUGAAAAGGCUGACGAAAGAGACCGCACACCAACGGGCGAACAACAAGAGGCCGACACAAAAGGAACUACUAUUGAAGUGCAAGAGGAGCCUGCGAAAGAAGAUGCUUCUGUGCCAGCUGCCCAGCCUCCUGAUGUAAACGCAGCUGCUGUGGAAACGAGCCUUGAAAAAACAGAAGAGGAGUCUGCAAAGGACCCUGAAGGAGCUCCUGAGAUGGAAAAGGGAGACCAAGAAGAAGACGACUCCCGGAUGCAUGUGCUAGGACAUGAUGAUAAUAUUAGGACCAAGUCCUUGGAAGAGCUCCCUGCUGAUAAGGAGUUGGAACUGCUUGCUGUGCCAGAAGGCGAAGGCCAGCAACCUGCCCGCUCUCCGUCACCAGACACUAAGAAGGCCCUAGAGGCUCUGGCAGCUGUUGAAAGACUUCAGUCUCAGCUACUCGAGACAGAGGAGCGCGCUCAAGCUGCAGAAGAGAGAGCAAUUCAAGCGGAAACCGAUCUCAAACAAGCUCUGGAGAAAAUCCGAGCCCUCGAACGGACCGCCUCUCGCGCAAGUGCUUUAACACCAACAGAGUCUCAAACGCCCGCGGACAGACCGGUCAGCAGUAGCAUGUCAAAAAGGCCCACUUCUCAGGCGUCUACUGCGCAGGCGCAUUCACCUCAACCUCCAAGAACAGCUUCCCAGCAAUCCUCAAGGCCCUCAACUCGGACAUCAACUAAGAAAAAAUAAUUUAUGUUCUUGUGUAAAUAUAAAAGUUGUUUUGCAAAAAAAAGUCUUCAUACAUUGUACAUUAAUAGGAUAUUAACAAGUUAUCUUAAGUUUCCUUAUUAAAUCCGCUUGACACGAUAUCUAAUGCUGUAAAUAAAUCUUAGUGAAGAGAAACGUUUCUCUAAUUUAAUGCGGCAAAGUUUUAGAUGUUUAUUUAUUUUUAUAAUGAUCGAACUAAGGAUUGUAUGAAACUAUUUUGACUGUGAUUCCGUUUUAGUCAAAGUUCAUGUUUUAGACCGCUACAAACAAUUGCUCCCAUAUAUUGUUAUGAGUUAUAUUCUGAAGGCUUGGUUAUUUACGUUUGAUUAUUUACCACUUCCAGUGUAUUAUAUGCGUUACAAAUAAGAACGAUAUAGUGCUCUAGAAAAAGUCAAAGUGUAGUACAUCUAAUUGCAUGGAACAAAAGUACAUGGAAUUGGAUUGGAAGUCAUGUCAUUGAAGGGAUUUGCAAACACGUAGUUCAUGUGAUAAAUUGUGAUAAAACAACCGAAAUAGACAGAAACAAGUUUGUUUGCUUUCUGUGCUCCACUAUCUUUGUUCUUAUCCCUUUUUCUGUUUCUAUGAAACACAGACCCAGCUCAAAUACGUCCUUUUAUGGAUUGUUUUUUUUUUUACUAGUCCUGUUUAACUGGAGGUAGUCCAAACAAUGUCAUCUCAUACCAUACGAGCAAUCGUGCGUAGUAUUGAUAACCGAGCUACAAAAUAAAUUAAAUGUCUGAACAGCUAGUAAGUAGUCUUGAAACAUGCUUUUGAGUUGAUACGGCUUGCUGAGCAGGCAGGUUAAACAAGAAAGCAAGAUCAAAAUUAACGUUAAUCGGUUCAGACC